AUGUCUGUCGUGAUAGCUACCGAGACGGAGGCCGUUGCGCCAGCAGCUCCACCGGAGCACUUUGGCGAGAAGAUUGGAGAGAAGACAGCUGCUACUGACGGCCUUGCUAUCAACAUGGUCAUCCGGCAGGAUCCCUUCUCGAUAACUCUAGACGUUUCUGCGCUGCUCGGCCUGUCUAUUAUGCUCGUCAUUGGCAUGCACGUUGUACAGCACUACAUCAUUGAGUGCCUCAUAGUUGCAGUGCCUCUCCUGCUCUUGGUUCGGAACGACUACGAGAACUUCCUGCGGCUCGGUCCUGGUGGAACGCCCGCCACUCCUGCAGGAUACGCCAGGUUGAUGUGGUACCGUCUCUUCACCCUGCGUGACCCUUUCAGCCCCCCGCCCAAGAGCAGCAACAUCUCGCCAGCCGCGGGCAUCUUGCAGCAGCAAAAUCUCCCAUACCGGCCCGGCCCUCGACCAACAGUCGCCGGGCUCGCUCCCCAGCGACAGCUAAACCAGGCCGGCUCUCCCCAGGCAUUCAAUGCCAUGAAGCGAGCCCUCGACAGACUGGCCGCCCAGCACCCGCACAAGUUCGGCACGGCAACCUCGUGCCUCGAGAAGCACGGCUUCGCCCUCUUUGCUCGCCACCCCGUCAAUGUGUGCGGCAACGGCGAGGUCUGCCACAUCCACAACUCUGACAAGUCGAUGCACAUGAACCUGCACCCCGACGACAUCAAGGAGAUCCUGCAGAAGGGCUGGGGCCAGCGUCACCCCAUGGCCUGGACUGGCUGGGUGCAUACCCCCAUUCCGAGCACCUUUGUGCUGAUUUACGCACCACGAGAUGAGAGUGACUUGCGCAUUGUGAGCAAGAUCAUCGAAUCGGCAAUCUGGUAUACCCUGGAGGAACGUGUUGAUUUGGAACCGUACAUGAAGCCCUGA